AUAAGAGGGAGAAACAGUGCGAGCUAGUUAGCUGAAAAAGUACGGUGACAUUUUGUCACAUUCUAGACCUCUCCGCUAAUUCAAGAGAAUAUUCUCUGCCACUUCUAGGUGUAUCAAUCCAUACUGUGUUAGCUGCAAAGACGGUGGUGUGCUCCAUACUACAUUGUAACAGUUUAUACAUUCACACUGGGACUGGUUUAGACCUGGGAAACCAGUUGUGUGCAAUUCAUUAUCAAGUAGAACAGAAAAACUGCAGUUCUCCAGACCUCGUAGGGUGGUUCUGGUCACUGGCUCCACCCGUGGCCUGGGGUUAGCCAUAGUGCAGGCGUUGUGCCAGGGCUUUAAAGGGGAUGUGUAUCUGAGUGCCCGGGACGUCCUGAUGGGGGCCAUGGUUGUCGAGGAUCUGCAGAGGGAGGGACUCAAGCCCAGACUCCUCCAGCUGGACAUCACAGACCCGGUCAGCAUCCAGGCAGCCCGGCAGCAUUUCAUGAAGGAGUACGGGGGUCUGGAUGUGCUGAUCAACAACGCAGGCAUCGCCCCAAAACGAGGUGACCCUGCAUCCUUUGGCAGCCAAGCAGAACGCAUUCUCCAAACCAACUUCUUCGCCACCAGAGACAUGUGCAAUGAAUUUCUCCCUCUCCUGAAGAAAGAUGGGAGGAUAGUGAAUGUUGCCAGCAUCGUGGGCUAUAUCACCCUCUAUAUGUGUUCUCUGGACCUCCAGGCCAGGCUCUGCAGUGAUGACAUCACAGAGGAGGAGCUAGUGGCUCUAAUGAAGCGCUUUGUUGCCGAGGCCAAAGCUGGAGACCACAUCAACAAGGGCUGGCCAAAUUCAGUCUAUGGGGUGUCCAAAAUAGGCCUGAUGGCCCUUACCCGGAUCCAGGCCCGCAGGCUAAGAAGAGAGAUGCCCCAGAGAGGGAUUCUGAUAAACUCCUGCUGCCCGGGCUGGGUGAAGUCUGACAUGACCUAUCCCAAUGGGACCAAGACGCCUGCGGAGGGGGCUGACACACCUGUGUACCUGGCGCUGUUGCCUCCAGCAACACUGGAGCCCCAGGGGGAGUUUGUAGUGGAUAGACAGGUACAGGUAUGGGCGGGGUCACCAACAGGUGCAACAAUUGAUGAGGGACCCUGACUUAAGACCCUUUCAUCUGCUGCUAUAAUAUAUACAAGUAACUGCCAAAAUAAAGGAAACAGCAACAUAAAGUCUCUUAGUAGGAUGUAGGGUUAGGGUUAGUCAGAACAGCUUCAAUGCACCUUGGCAUAGAUUCUACAAGUGUCUGGAACUAUAUCGGAGGUGUGCGACACCGUUCUUCCUCAAGAAAUUCCAUUAUUUUGUGCUUUGUUGAAGGUGGUGGAAAACGCUCUCAGGCGCCACUCCAGAAUCUCCCAUAAGUGUUCAAUUGGGUUGAGAUCUGGUGACUGAGAUGGCAAAUGGUUUACAUCGUAUUCAUACUCAUCAAACCAUUAAGUGACCACUCCUGCCCUAUGGAGCGCAAGUCCACCCAAUCAGAUUGAGCAAAAAAAUUAUUAUAAUAUUUUCCAAAUGGGACAUUAUUUUUUAUUUUUCCCCAAGUACAGUACUUGACCUGGGCAGGAGUUCACCGGAAAUGAAUACCCGGCACCUCAAAUGUUCUUCUGCUUGAGUUCCUUCACCUCCUAUAGAAUAUUAGCACAAAAGUAUUUGAGUUCACUUAAAUAUAAAUAGUACCGGCACCCAAAAUGACUACCGGCACAUAUUUCAGUCCAAGUCUAGCACUGGUCUAAACAUGCAUACACCAUCAGAUAGAAUUCAUAGC